ACGAAUUCCAAUUGUGAUUGAGUCGCGUGCUGUCGCCCGGUUACAUUACACCUUAUACGACAAUUGAUUGAGCGAAGUAAACAUUAAAUACGAAACAAAAUGCCUCCUUCAAAGCGCAAAGCGACGACAGCCUCUUCAUCCAAAGUCGGCGGGCUGCGCCAAUCGAAAUUAGCCAAAGAGAACAACAUCACCGCCCAAGAAGAAGCCGAGAUCAAAGAAGCAUUCAGUCUCUUCGCCGAGCCAAUGGAUGGCGAGAAGGAAGGAGUGAUUCCAAUAGGAGAUGUCAGACGGGCAAUGAUCGCCCUAGGAAUCCCCCCCAAAUCUAAUUCCGAACUCCGCGAAUUCACUUCCAUCCUCGAUCCAGAAGACGAAGGGUUUGCCACGUAUCCUUCCUUCCUCGCCAUUUGCGCCAUCAAGCUGUCGUCACGGGACCGCACAAGCGAAGCGCAUAUGCGCGAGGUGGACGAGGCGUUUGCUUUGUUUGUUGGUCGCUCGGCACAAGAGAUUGCACGGCUACAUGACGAUCACAAUGACGACGAUGAUGAUUACGGACAAUAUGAGGAGGAAGAGGUAGACGGAAAAGAAAAAGAAGAGCCGGUGAUAACCCUAGCCCACCUUAAAAGGGUCGCGGCUGUGUUGAAGGAGAAUGUCAGUGAGGAGUUGUUGAGGGAUAUGAUACUGGAGGCGAACGGUGGCGCGGGAGUGGGGAAGGGGGUGAGGAGGGAGGAGUUUGAUGGGGUCAUGAGGAGAGCGGGGGUUUGGAGGCUCGAUGAUGCCUUUCCCGUAUCCUGCGGUAUCCGAGAACGAGAAGACAGCGGCGACUGGAAACUAGGGACUGAAGCCGACCACCACCUGCUGCGGCAUGACCCCAGUCUGCAUGCAAAUCGCUCUCGCGCCACAGGGCUAGAGACUUGGGCUGGACGCCUGGCUGGAUUGGAAUGCCACAUUCCAUAUCUUGAACUGUUCAGACGACCGCAGGGCAAGAGACUAGAUGGGGAUCCCGUGGUACUUUCAGCAUGCCUGCAGUCUCGUCACGGGAUCAUACCGCCCAGAGUGUUGAAAAGCAGGCUCAAAAACCGAGCAAAGGGCCAAACACUCGAGCCGAGUGAGGGAAGCCGGUGA